GAUCUAGCUGAAGAAUAUCCAAGUCCGGGAUUCAAUCCAACUCCCUGAUUACAAUACAUGUACUUUCAAAAUUGACGCGCUAUAGUAAGGGGUCUAUAUAUACAACAUAAAGUCUAGCAAAUUACUUGUGCAAUAUUCAAAACCAAAUCAAUUCAGCCUAUCGAUUUCCUAAUAUCAGGGUUAGGCUAAAGCAUCGCAAAUGGAGACCACCGAGGCCAAAGAGAUUUAAGGUUAUAAUUGAUCUGAGCAUGCGCACAUUAGCGUUGCCAUAAAACUAUUUUCCCUACGCAACGGUACGCGGUUGCGGUUCGACAUUCAACUUGAUUUUUUUAGAGAGUGAUAGAUAAUUCAAUUAUGGACCUUGUCAGAAUUCAAAGAUGAGAACUAAGUGUCCAAAACCUCUGAAAAUAUCGAUGCAACCAUGUCGCGGCCAGGUUCUCGGACUAGGAGAAAAGGUCCUGGUAUAUCUCCAUCCUCAGGAGCAUCUACAGACCUUCAGUCUUGUCACACAUGUGGGAGAACAUUUCUGCCCGAUGUUUUGAAGAGGCAUAUUCCAAUAUGUGCCAAAGUGUUCAACUCUAAAAGGAGGGUGUUUGAGUCAGGAAGACAGAGGGUAGCAGGAACUGGAAUAUCCAUCACAAAAAUCGUAAAACCUGAUAAAAUAAAGAAACAAGGUAUAAAGAAGACAAACUGGAGAAACAAUCAUGCAGACUUUGUGAAUGCCAUCAGGUCAGCGAGGCAAGCCCAGCAUGCUAUCAACACAGGGCAGCCCCUCCCUCCACCCCCUCCUCCGUCGAUCAAUCCAGAUUACAUACAGUGUCCACACUGUGGACGCCGUUUCAGCCAGACUGCAGCAGCCAGACAUAUUAACUUCUGUGGGGAGAGAACCAAUACGUUUGGUGCACCUGUCAAGCCCCUCAAUAAGAGAGCUGCAGCGGACGUCCAGGGGAGUAAAGUGGCCAUCAGGAAAGCUUAUGACAACAUUGUAGUUAGACGCAAGCCCUCUACCAACCCCUAUGCCUAUGCACAAGGUAAUGGUGAUAAUGAUGGCGUCAAGGUUUACUCUGCAGCGUUUGGGGGCAGUGGGCCUGAUCAACAAGGUUCCAAGGUUACUGCCAGACGUAAUUCCACCUCACCCAGAAGAAAAAUAGCAUCUCCCAGACAAUCAUCUCGUAGGAGUUCGUCAUCUCUUGUAUCUUUGUCACCAAGGCAACAACCAUCACCAAGGCAGCAGCCGUCACCACGACAACAGCCAUCACCACGGCAACAAGCAUUUUCUGGCCCGCAACGGACAUCUCCGAGGCUCAAGCAACUUUCCAUAGAGCCAUCAUCAUCACCCUUGUCGCAUCUAUCCAGUUCCCCUCGUUUCCAGUCAUCCUCGCAGCCUUCCGCAUCACUAUUGCCACAGACUGUAUCCAUGAAGAAUUCCCCUUUACGCUCCCUCCCUCCAGCAACACAGCAUCCGUCCUGGCAGCAGCCGUCUGCAUUACAGAAGCUGCCCUCUCCUUCUCAAGAGAUGACAACGAUACAACCCCUGUCCGGCCCAUCCAGCCCUCACCACCAGCAGUCCUACUCUCCGUCCCUGGCUGCAGGCCCCUCCUCCUCUCAGAUAUCCCCUCCUCCUUUUCCAGAAAGAAGCUUCAACUCAUUACCGCCAUGGCAACAGGCCUUGAAGACCAGCAGCGGCAGAUCGCCUCCAAAGGCAACACAACUUCCUAAUGGACACAUCAGGAAGUCAGGAUUGAUCAAAUCAGGAAAACCCAAAGGAAAUGUUAGAUUUGCUGAUGAUGUCCAAGUGAAAACAUUUGGUGACACUUUACCGGGACCAGGUGAUACAGGAGCCCCCUUUGACCUUGGCGCACCUUCUCAGUCUGCAUAUGCAAUGCCAAACAGAGUUGAUGAACAAUUGUUAUCUAGACAUCAGGAUCUCAUGUCAGUGUUGAAGAAAAACUAUGGUGAUGAUGUAAUGCUAGCCACGCCCGGCAACCACAUGGAUGAGAUGAUGCAGUCCAGGCAUCCUGGGCAUCCUCCUCCAGAUUAUAACAGUCUCGGCGGGAUGAGUUUCCAUGGCAACCAGGGAGGAAUGCCUGAAUUAACAGCCCAAAGCACAGGGAUGCACAGAAGUUCAGCAUUGAAUGGUCCCCCUUCACAUCUCCCGCCAUCCUCCAUGAGGACAUCCUAUCAAGAUACGUAUGGGAGAAAUGAUCACCAGUCGUAUGACAGCACAACUCCUUUAUCGCACAGCAUCCCAACAGGACUAUCCCAAGAACCUACCUCCAGCCAUUCCGGACCUCCACAGGGGUAUGGUAGAAGACCACGCCCAAUUGGAGGCUCCCUUCGUGGGUCCGUUCCAACCAGGCCGUCACCCAGUGACUUCAGUAAGCUCUCCAUCUCCGGUGGCAUGCAUGGAGGGGGAUUCCCCGGAAUGUAAGGUCAUUUUGUAUAGGAGUCCAUGCCCAUGCAAUUGUAAGCUCUCCAUCUCUGGUGACAUGCAUUAAGAGGGAUUGAGUGGAGCAAGUUUGAGCUUUUCAAAGGUUGUCAGAGACAACGACCACUUGCAGAAUAUCCAUUCAUAGUUGCCAGUGUUGAGCUAGAGGAGAACCAUAUCAUACAGCAUUUAAGAUGGUUCGAUUUGCAGAAGAAGUAGCGGUUUUCCUCAGAGAUCAUGAAAUGUUCCCUAUCAAUCCUUCUGUACCAACCCAUACUCCACUCGAGAUGUCAACUGGUGCAUGGAAAUUUAAGAUUACCUACAUGGGAAUAUAUAGUAGACAUCUUGUAUUUGACAGAGCAUAAUAUUGUCUGGGUAUAAUAGAAGACCAGUGUUUUGAUGG